AUGCGAACCUGGCUGAUUCUUAUAAUGCAUAAUGUAUGCGUACAUAUUACUGUUAGUACAAAUCUACAAUUUGCAAUCAAUGCUGAACGGAAGCAGAUAUUCGAGAAUACGCAAACGCAACUUGUUCCACACUCAAAUACGGUUCGUUGUCUUUCAUGUAUGUCGAAGUUCUAUGAAGCCGUUUGGCCCUCUUUGUCUGCGAUUUACAAAAGGCCGAAGAACUUUACUGAUCACUGUGACACUGAAAAUGUUAACAUAAAUCUUAUACCCAUAACAUACUGCCCGACGAUAUGUGUACGAAUGUGGGAGGAGGCGGUUGUUGCUGGAAUUCGAAUCAAAGGUAAUAUUCGAGGUUGUCUCAGUGAAAUUUUGCAUAAUGGAUUUAACCAAACGAUUAUUACCUGGUAUCGUUGGAUGCACAGAGAUUCUUGCCGCCAAUAUAGGAAGCGUGAAUUAUUUAAGUUGUCAACAGAACAAAGCGAUGAGAGCUAUGUAACCGUAUGCACUUGUUAUGAUGACUUCUGCAAUGCAGCAACUCGAAGUAAUGCACCUCAUAGAUCGUUAUUUAUGCUAUUUUUAUUUUGUUUCAGCAUAAUAAUCACUUUGUUACCAGUCUAUAGGUUGUAA